CUCUCUCACUCUCUCGUUUCAACUCUCUCUCUCUCUCUCUCUCGUUGUUCUCUCUGGCCUCGACCCCCCCUCUCUCUCACCGACGGCGACAUCACCACCGCUGCUGGCCCCGACCCCCCCUCUCUCUCUACCCUCUACUCUCUCCCCGUCUCCGCAGCACAGCCGCCACUGUCCGCGAAGCCGGCGUCGCUGUCCACCUCGCACCGCCGCUUCACCUCUGUCGACUCCGCCGUCCCUUCCACCUCCGUCGCUUCCCUCUCUCUUCCUGUCCAUCGAGUCACCGUCGUCGCCGUUACACAGAGAUCUCAGAUCUGUGAUUAUACUAUAGAUCUGGAGAGAGAGUGGGGGAUGGAACUUCAACACUGGAUCGAUGAGCAUCCGUUGACACUCAGUGAAGUGAAGAAUCGUGAUGGUGUGGAAAUUGUUUGCAUCGGGUGUUUACAAAACAUCACAGGUGGUUCCUCAGCUUAUGGAUGCACAGAUUGUUCGUUCUUUCUACACAAAUUAUGUGCCAAAUUACCCAGACAAAUCAAACACCCAAUGUACCCAGAGAAGACUCUUACCCUCCACCUUCAUCCCCCAGACGAGCCUACCCUUGAUCCCGAUUACAAACUCGACGACGAACAACUUUCUCUUUAUUUCUCUCAUAAUUUGUGUCCCCGAUAUUUCUAUGGAUUCAACUACUUCGAAGACACAUCAAGCGCCUAUGGGCCAUUAACAAUAGACAUCAGAUGUGCUGCGAGAUCAAUAAGUGUUGAACACGAAUUUCACAAACACCCAUUAAGCCCCAUACUCAGCCCGGCCUUGUUCGGAUGUCAUGCUUGUUGUACACAACAUGAUAAAGGCUUGUCCUAUAUGUGUAGCACCUGUGACUUCUGGAUCCACGAGGACUGUGCUUUAUUACCAACCACCUUCAAAUAUAGAGGUCACGUUCACCCUCUCACCCUCUGCUAUUCUUCGUUGUAUGAUGCAAGUUGUCGUAUUUGUCAGGAGGGAUUUAGGAAUUACCAAUGGAGUUAUCAAUGUAGAGGAUGCCAAUAUCAUGCUCAUGCAAAUUGCGCAACAAAGACCAAGUAAUCUAUAAUGCUUUUUCUUUUUCUUUCUUUUAAAUGUUGGCUAUAUC